UAUAUAAUUAUUUAAGAAGCUUAAAUUUUCGUGAGUAAAAAAUAAAGGAAAUGUAAGAAAAUGUGAAGUUCGAACGUCUGGAACAUCUCUGUCUUCUGGGCUUCUUCAGCCUCGACUGUGGGAAGGGAAGAGAAAGCGUCAACAGUUGAGGCUGCCAUAAAUUAGGUCCCUACGUUUUGCGACUGCGUUGCCUAGUAUAUUCGAGUAUACUUUGCACAAUCAAGGAUGAUGUGGGCGACUGUCGAAACGAAACUACGCGAGCUCGGCAUUUCCAAGUCUACAGAAUGUGCUGUAAACGUCUAACGUGACUAACCUCAACUCGCUUGUAAUAUUUUUUUUGUAGAAACGUUUAUUUAUCGAAUAAUUUGGGUUACCGUAAAGAUUGAUCUGCUACUGUGCGUACACAGUUUCGUUUACUAUUAUACGAUAUUCUCUUUUAUACUCUAUUUGUAAUUUUAUGUUACUAUUUAGUUUCAAUUCCAAUCAUUAUAAGCGGUGUAAUCUUAUUCCAUGCUGUAUCAAUCGGUAACGCUGAGAGUAAUACAAAAGUACAUCGUUAGAUGUCAUUAAGAAAACUUCCAACAUUCUCACGUGUUGACAUAAAAUUGUAAAAUAUAACCUAUAUGUAUAAUAGUUAGUAGAUUUUUAUGAAAUGUAUUCCUUUUUUGUUCUAUGAGUUGUUUUAUUAUUUAUUUUAUCAUAUUUUAUCAUAUGGGACAAUGAAUAACAUUCGAACAAACUAAUCUAGAUGUCAAAUUAUUAACGUGCCAGAAUAACCUAUAAAUGCCUUGAAUGACUCGAUUUCUGUAAAAAAAUGCUAGCUCCGUGUCAAGAUAUCAUUGAAGAUAUAGAAGAUUUAAUAUCAUCGCAAGAUAUUACACCAAAGGAACGAUAUAGUGCAAGGAAAAAUGUUACUGUUCGUUCUAAACGUAAACAAGUAACUGAAGAUGUACCAGAACCUCCUAUUUUCGAUAGUAUUGUGCCAGGGACACAGACAAUUUAUACAAAGACAUGGGGUUGUACUCAUAAUAAUUCUGACAGUGAAUAUAUGGCAGGUCAACUUGCUGCUUAUGGUUACAAAUUAACGGAAAAUAAAUAUGAAGCAGAUCUGUGGCUCUUAAACUCUUGUACAGUAAAAAGUCCAGCAGAGGAUCAUUUCAGGAAUGAAAUCGAAGCUGGAAGAAAGAUGGGAAAACAUGUUGUAGUUGCCGGAUGCGUACCACAAGGUGCACCGAAGUCAUCUUUCUUACAAGGAUUAAGCAUGAUCGGCGUGCAACAAAUCGAUCGUGUGGUAGAAGUAGUGGAAGAAACUCUGAAAGGAAAUACCGUUCGGUUCCUGCAACAGAAAAAGGAAGCUGGUAAAAAGAUCGGCGGCGCCUCUUUAAGAUUGCCUAAGAUUCGUAGGAAUCCACUGAUCGAAAUCAUAGCUAUAAAUACUGGGUGUUUAAAUCAAUGCACUUACUGCAAGACAAAACAUGCGAGAGGUGAACUGGGAAGUUAUCCUCCCGAUGAAAUUGUUGAGCGUGCGAUACAGGCGUUCGACGAAGGCGUCUGCGAGUUAUGGUUAACCUCUGAAGACACAGGAACUUAUGGUAGAGAUAUUGGCACGAGUUUGCCCGAAUUACUGUGGGCACUCGUGAAAGUGGUGCCCGAUGGAUGUAGGGUUCGCGUUGGAAUGACUAAUCCACCAUAUAUCCUGGAGUAUCUGGAGGAGAUGAGCAAAAUUCUGAGCCAUCCAAAAGUCUACAGUUUUCUUCACAUUCCGGUGCAAUCUGGAAGCGAUCAGGUGUUAGCCGAUAUGAAGCGAGAGUAUACCCGUGGCGAUUUCGAGCGAGUUGUCAACUUUCUACGAGAACGUGUUCCUGAGUUAACUAUAGCGACGGAUAUCAUUUGCGGUUUCCCAACAGAAACAGAACAGGAUUUUGAAGAGACGAUGAAACUUUGCGAAAAGUAUAAGUUCCCGAGUUUGUUUGUCAAUCAGUUUUUUCCCAGACCGGGAACGCCGGCUGCUCGAAUGACGAGAAUACCUACGCAAAUUGUGAAAAACAGAACCAAAAGGUUAUCAGAAUUUUUUCAAUCUUAUUUUCCGUAUUUUGAUAGAAUAGGACUCGUCCAAGAAGUGCUAGUGACAGAAAUAUCCCAUGAUAGAAAGCACUACGUCGGACAUAAUAAAUCUUAUGAACAGGUUCUCCUACCGUUAAAGGAAGAAUAUUUAGGAAAAAUAGUUAGAGUAAAGAUCGUAGAAACGACAAAAUAUUCUAUGAAAGGGGAACCAAUAAUAGAAGGUACGUCCCCGGCGUUAAAACCAUGUUUACCAAAAGGAGCUAUAUCAGGAAUACCAAUGGAGAUGAAAUCAUCGAAAUAUAGAAUAGGAGUUGCCCUGGCGAUUCUUCUAGCAAUCAUUCUCAGGCUAUUAUGGAAGUUUUUUAUGAUUUAGCAAGUCUCUUGUUCUCUAAAUUUUUUAAUCCGGAAUCUAUAAGAAAGAUUGUUACUAUUGAUUCAGGCGUUAAUAUCAGGGACGGACUGGAACUUGAAUUUCUACCGGAAGAUGACCGACUGAUUGACUUGAACCAUUUUUAGUUCAUUAGUUAAAUUCUACGUAGGGCUGCGUCAAAUGCCACAAAUCUCUACCGAUCCACCGGUAAUUUUCUGAAACUACGCGAUGCGACGUGAAUCAGUCCGCAUCUAAAAUUGAUGGUUGUAUCGACAAAUCUGUUUAAGUUUUAGAAAAUACACUAACAAAUCUUUACAUUAACAAACUUUUUAAAAUGAACAAUUAAAAUUUGUAAUCUAUAAGAAGACUCCAUAAGAAGCUAAUGCAUAAAUACUGUUUCUAGUCAUUAGUUUCCCAUUAAUUUGUACGGCAUAGUAACAUUCAUGUAUUACUACGUUACUAUUUGCAAAUUAAUCAAGAGCUGUCCGGUGUACAUUUUAUUGUAGAUUUUAUUGUAGAUUUUCUACAUUUUCCUAUGUACAUGAUGAUUCAACACAGUUCGAAUCCAAUAAAUCAAGGUAACGAAG